UCACCUGGGAUUGCAGGAAUGUGCUCCCUCCCCAUGGCAAGAUACUACAUAAUUAAGGAUGCCGACCAGAAGGCUCUGUACAUAAGAGGCGACCAGCUCCUGGUGGGAGACCCUGAUGCGGACAACUGCUGUGCAGAGAAGAUCUGCAUACUUCCCAACAGAGGCCUGGACCGCACCCAACUUCCCAUCUUCCUGGGGAUCCAGGGAGGCAGGCGCUGCCUGGCCUGUGUGGAGACAGGGGAGGGGCCUGCCCUGAAGCUGGAGGAUGUGAGCAUCGAGGACCUGUACAAGGGCGGCGAGCAGGCCACACGCUUCACCUUCUUCCAGAGAAGCCUGGGCUCCGCCUUCAGGCUCGAGGCUGCAGCCUGGCCGGGCUGGUUUCUCUGUGGCCCGGCUGAGCCCCAGCAGCCGGUUCGACUGGCUGAGGAGACUGAACCCUCCGCCCGCACUGAGUUCUACUUUGAACAGAGUCGGUAGGGAGGCAG